AUGUGGAAGGUUCCGUCAUAUGAAAAGAGUUACUCUCAACCUUCAAUGGAGUUGGUUGUACUUGACAAAGAGGGAUCGCGAAUCCAUUGUUUCAUCCGGUCUGUCCAUUACCGUCUUUUUGAACCGAUCCUUGAGGAGGGGAAGAUGUUUGUUCUGGCCAACUUUACGAUGGAUUCAAACACGCAGAAAUACAGGCCCACCAAGCAUAGUAUGCGGAUCAUAUUUAAGAGGGACACAUUGGUCUCGAGUGCUGAUGACAUCGCUAUUUCAAUUGAGUCAUUUGAUUUCGUGGCAACCAAGGAAAUAUUAUCUUCGGUUAGGGAUGACUUAUUUCUUAUUGGUAUGCUCUUUGAUGUUCUCAUUGUGCCACCCACAUCUAGGUCAUUUCCCUAG